AUGGACUCUGCCUACCCCCAGAUAUUGCUCAAGAAUGUAUUGCCUCUGUCGCCGUUCAAUUGUAGGAUGGACAAACCAUUGAGACGUGGGGACCUCGGGAGACCCGGUACCAUUCCCGCUUCCUCACGACCGUCCAGCAUAAGCAGCAAACAACUUAUUGCUGCGUUCAAGGAUGUAUCAGGAGGUGGAGGCUUAAUUCUGACGACGAAGGCAGGGGACUUGGCUAGACGGUUGGGAUUAGCUCCAUCCCUUGGGGAAAUCGAAGAACUAAAAGCAGUAGCAGGAGAGUACUGCGACAUCUCCACAUUUGCAACAUUCUGCAAAGGAGUGGCGCAUUGCAACGAUAGCCCAAAGCUGUUGGCAGAAUUGUUUGGGUGCUAUGACCCAUCCUGCACUGGAAAGGUGCCCUUGCGAGUUGUAAGAAACAUCCUGCAGAAUUGUGGGGAGGUCUUAACAAACGACGAGGUAAACGCAGUGCUGGAGGCUUCUACCGAGGAGGUCGACUACAAGGCAUUCUGCGAAAGGCUGCUGUUGGAGAGGUGA